AUGGCUCGUGCGCUUUUCAUGGCGGUGGCCGCCCUGGCCGUGUUUGUUCUUGUCACUCCCGCCCUCGCGGCCCGGGACCUCAAGACCGUCUCGCCCGUUGUGGGAAGCGUGACUGGCGCCGUCGGCGGCCUGCUCACGGGCGGCAGCCUGCCCACCCUGCCCACCGGCAGCCUGCCCACCCUGCCCACGGGCGUGCCGACCCUGCCCGCCCUGCCCACCGGC